AUGCAAACGCGUUCAAUAUUAGAUAAAAGUUUAAAUAAUUUUUUUCAAAAUAUUGAACGAUUAGGUACACGUGAUUUAUUAUCCUAUGCACAACUUUCAUAUGAUACUAUAUUAAUAUCAAUUCAAAAUAAUACAAAAUUACCAUUAACAGUUAAUGUAAGUUCAUAUAUUUUGUAUGAAAUACGUGCACGUAUUUAUACAUUAUUACAACGACCAAAUGAAAAUACAAAUUCAUUAAAUAAUAAAAAUGUUAAUGAAGAACAAAGAAUGAUUAAUAGUUCAUCAAUAAUAUCAUCAUCAGAUAAUAUUCUUGUUGAACUUGUUGCAGAAUAA